AUGCCACCAAAGCGCAAAUCUCGCGGCGGAGGAGCGGCAGGGCGCGGAGGACGUGGGGGAAAAAGAGGCCGAAGGGUUAGUUUUUUUUCUUUUUGAAAUAUAUAUAUAUAUAAUCUUCCAAAACUUCUAAUUUCCAGAGUAAAAAAGAUUCAACAACUGAAGAUGAAAGAAGUUCACCAGAAGUAGAAGCAAAAGAAUUUGAUAAGGAAUCACUCCAGCGAGUUGUAAAAUACGACUUCGUUGAACUCAUGAAUGAUCCAACUUUCAAACAUCCAGAAUUUGUUCACACUAUUGAUCCAGCUGAUUUGAAUGAAGAAUAUUACGAGAAAACAGGAUUGGAUUAUCCAUUGCAUUUCAGAUGUGAUCCAAAACUAUUAGGAAUGACGUUAGUUUUUUUUUAACAUUGAAGAGAUCGUAUAACUGGAAAAUAUUUCAGAUUACCCGAUAGUUCAUUCACCGUUGAUGAUGUUUUAGAAAUUGUUGGAGGAAACAGAAUGAUCGAAGUUGUCGAAGUUCGCAAUCAAGGAAGUGUCAAAAUGAAUCUUCAAAAUUUUAUUGAUUUUUAUAAAACACCCGAAGAAAAACGGGAUAUUUUAUACAAUGUUUUGUCACUUGAAUUUUCGCUGACAAAGUUGGAAGUGAGUAUUUUUCAAGAUGAGAUUUUUAAUCGGAAGUUUUCAAACAAUAAAAACCUUGUUUUCAUAGGAUCUCGUUCAAAGUCCAUCAUUGGUUCGAAACAUCGAUUGGGUUGGAAAUAAAUGGCCGGAUGCAUUGAGACAACGAUGGAUUAGUUUUGGAAAAGACAACAAUUAUACACCGCAUCACAUUUUCCCAAAAGUUCAAAAUUAUUGCCUCAUGAGUGUUGCCAAAUGUUAUACCGAUUUUCACAUUGAUUUUAGUGGAACAUCGGUUUGGUAUCAUGUUUUGAAAGGCAAAAAAGUAUUUUGGCUGAUUCCACCAACUGAAACCAAUUUCCUUUUAUAUCAAGAAUUUAUUCAAACAGUUGGAGAUUCUUCAUUUUUCGGAAAAUCUGUUGAAUCGUGUCAUUGUGCAAUUCUCGAGCCAGGAGAUACGAUGAUGAUUCCAAGUGGUUGGAUACACGCGGUUUAUACGCCUGAAGAUAGUUUGGUUUUUGGUGGAAAUUUUUUGCAUUCAAUGUCAUGUAAAAUGCAAAUUCGGGUUUAUCAGUGUGAAAAUCGAUUGAAUGUAAGUAGUUGAUUUUUGAAAUUCUCAAAAAUGUUUUUUUUUAAAUACAGAUCACUCGCAAAUUUCGAUUGCCUUAUAACGAAGAACUUGUAUUUUAUGUGCUCGCUGAUUAUGUCAAAAAAUGGACGGGAAGAGAAUAUGCAAGACCAUUGAGAAUCAAAGACGCAACAUUGGAUUAUGUUGGAGAAAAAUGGAAGAAAGCUGGAGGACAUUUGAAGAAAAUUGAAUAUAGUGAUUAUCAAAACGGUAUAGAAUUGACAAAUGAUCAUGUGCCAAAUGGAAAUGAAGAACAUAAUGAGGGAGAAGUUAAAGUGAUCGCAAUGCAUGCUGAAAAUACUAUUUAUCGAUUACCAAUUCGUCCAUCUCGUGUUGAUAGUUGUUUAGAAGCUGAAGAAGAUGAAUUUGAUGAGGAACAACUCAAUGGUUAGUUUUUAAUGAAAUAUUUAUUUUACUAUUUGUCAGAAAAAUUCAGAAUUCUGAUAUUAUUCCAGAGAAAAUAUUCCAUGACUGGAAGUUAAGCCUGAAAAAAAACUUGAAGUUCAAAACAGGCUUAGAACAAUGAGCGUAAACUUGUUCCAAAAAUUACUGUUUGAAAAUUUGUUUAAUUAAAAAAUUUCACAAUGUUUUUUACCAGGAAUUAAAAAAUAAAUAAAUUUGAGAUUCUCGAAUUCAUGGCGAGCCUUGUAAAUUGUUAACCCAAUUUCUCUGAAGCCCCCAAAAAAAUCUUUAUCAAAAUGAUUUUCAAAAAUCCUGAGUUCUAAAGACCUUACCAAUUUCAAUUACCAAAAUUACAAUGUUUUGCAGAGUCAUUUGAAAAUGAUGCGGAAAAAAGAGACGCGGAAAUUGAUGAAUUGGUCAAAACAAAUCCGCUCAUCUUUUAUAAAAAUUCGAAACACGAUUUUGUCAAAAACAAAUGUGUACCUGAUCAUAAAUUACCGAUUGGAUAUGAACCGCCAAUUGAAUAUAAUCAAGGUUUGUUUUUUUUUCUGAAUAACUUUUUUUCAGACAAUCAUGAUAAUUAUGCCCUUUAUAACCAGGCCUGAUCGGAAUCGGAAUAUCGGAAUUCCGAAAUUCCGAAACCGACAGGUUUUUCGGAAUGAGACAAACGUGUCUCGGAAUCGGAAUCAAUUUUCUCGGAAUCGGAAUCAUUCCGAUGUUACUUCCGAAACUUUUUGGAAUUUCGGAAUGUGUUUCUCUUCCGAAUUCUGGAAUUUUUCUACCGAAUUUCGGAAUUUUUCGGAAUGUUUGAGCUGAAAUUAGUGAAAAAUUCAACAAAAAAAAUGGAAAAGUUGAUGAAUUUUACCUGUCAUUUUCAAAAAAUCUCUUUUUCUCUUGUGAUUCUCGAAAAAUGUAACUUUUGAAGACAUAUUUUUAAAGUUUUAUAUCAUUCCGAAACAUUCCGAAAAAUUCCGAAAUUCCGAGGUAAAAAUGUCGGAAUGGAGCUUCGGAAUUCGGAAUUACGAUCUGACCACUCGGAACGAGUGUGCUCAUUCCGAACCUUCCGACAAGGUCCAUUCCGAUCAGGCCUGUUUAUAACCUGCAAAAAUUUCACAAAAAAUGAGAAAUUAUUUUUUCAGAAGAGAUUGAAAAAAUAAAUCCACGACUUUUGGAAGAAUUGGAAGCACUUGGAGCAUAUCUCAAGAAAAAAGGAAAAGUUGAAGUUUCGGAAGGAAUUUGUCAACCAGCUUCACUUUUGAAUGCGUUUCAAUCGGUUUUGAAAAGAAGAAAGAUGCAAUUGGUGGGUUUUUUGAAUUUUUAGAAUUUCUGUCGAAAAAUUUUUUUUUUCGAGUUAUUUUUUAAUCUCAUUAGAAAUAAUCGAUUUUUUUUUGAAAUUCAAAAUUUUUAUUCGAAAAUUAUGUGUCAUAAAUAAAAUAACAACAAAUCAUGUGGAAAAUCAAUGUUUGCUCUAUCGAACACAAACUUUUUCGAAUAAAAAAACUUUUGUCCAAAAAUUUGUUUUUAGAUUAAAACCACAAUUUUGAGCUUACGAAUUUCUCUUGUAACUCAGAUCUAAAGUAACUCUGGAGUUAGGAUAAUUUUUCUAUUUUUUCCAAAAGUCUUACUACUAUGAAAUUAACACUUCUAAAGGCUUCAAAAUUUUAUUGAAUUUCUGAAACAGUAAAUUUUUUUAUUAAAAAAAAUAAAACUCUCAAAAACUUUUCUCUCAAAGUUUACCUAUUUCCAAGAAGAACCUCUUAUUUUAUUUUUUCAGGAAGGAAAAGUCGUUGAGGAAACCAUAACACCGAAAAGAAAAUAUGUAAGUCUCUCCCCUCUUUUUUCCCUAAACUCAAAUCCCUAUAUAUUUUUCAGACCCGUGGAUCUGUUGAGAGUGGAAACUUUGAGAUAACAUCACGUAGAGAAUCUGUUGAGAUGAUGGAAGAAUGCCCAAGAAGCGCCUCAAGAUUUGAAGUCGAAAAUUUCCCGGAUGAAUUAUUGGAUGAUGGAGAAAAACCGGUGAAACUUGAAGAAGCUCCGAUGAAAUUAGAAGUUGAGAAAGUAGAAGAGCCCGAAGAAGUUGAAACAAAAAGAAGAAGUAGUCGAGUUGCGGCGGAUAAAGCGAAUCAUUUGAUAAAAGAUGAAAUUGUUGAAGAAAUGAAAGAGGAAGGAAAAACUGAGGAAAAAACAUGGAGAGAAAAAAUGGAAUUAGAGGAGAAAGAAAGAGCUGCCAAAUAUGGAAAUGUAAGGAGUUUGGGCAUUUGAAAUUUGAAUUCGGUUUAUCUUUUUUGAGCAAGUUUUUAACAUAAAAUAUUAGUUUUAGAGAAACAGCUUCAAAAAUCUAACAAAAUUGAAUUGAAAUUAAUUUUUAGGAGAAUUUUUUCUUCAAAACAUUUAUUUUUCCAGCAACAAACUGAAAAAGAACCAGCGCCGAAAAAAUUGAAAUUAACAAAAGAAGAGAGAAAGGAAUUGAAAGAACGAGAAAAAGAGAGAAAAAGAAAGAAUAGUUCAUUGGAUGCAUCGCUGAUUGCUGCACACGGAAUGUCGAAAUCGAAAAAGAAGAAGCCGGAAAAACCACUGUUUCAAGGUGGAUUGCCACAAACUGCGAUAACAUCGACUGAACCAGCAACUUCGAAUCCAUAUAAUUAUGAUCCGAUGAUGGAAAUGGUUCGAUUAGGAACUGGACAAUUGAAAUCGGCUUAUAGAAAGACUAAGACUGUUAGUGUUUUGGGUUGAUUCGGGGGAGGGUUUUUCUAAAUUUUUUAAAAUAUUUUUGUGAAAAAAAUUUGCCCAAAAUACUCCAAAACUUUAUUCUUCAGAAUGUUGAAGUGCCAUUUGAGAAGAAAAUGUAUAAAUUGGAAACGAAACGAAACAGUGAAGAAAAUGAUGUUGAAAAUGUCUCUAUGGAUGAUUCUCAAAAAUCCGAAGAAAAAGACGAUUCUGCCCAGGAAAAACCGACUACAAAACAACCAAUAAGUAUUGAUAUAUUCGACACGCCUUCUUCAUCAACACCAAUCAAGAAAAAAGAAAAACCAGCAUUGAAAAAUGUUCCAAAAUCUCCGGCUCCAGCUCCACCUCGAAAAUCGAUGUAUACACCAGGGAUUUCGAGACAAGAUCGAAUGAUAGCUGAUGAUCCAACAAUGACAUCGCCAUCGGUUUCGAGAAGUUCAUCGAUGUCUGAGAAAAGACCGGCGAAUUUGGGUGGAACUCCGAGAAAUUCGAUGGAUUUGUUGUCGUCGCCAUCGUCGGUUUAUACACCAACUGCACCAAGUAGAGUAGGUUUUUUAAUCCACGUGGAAUAUUUCCAAAAGUUUUCGAAAAUUGAUUGUCCAAAUUUGAAUUCAAUAUUUUUCACCAACAGUUCCAUGUGACAUUGAUUUUCAAAAUUUUUAAUUCGAAAAUUUGUUCACGUGGCAUUUUUUCAAACAACGAAAAUGUAUUUCCAAAUUCAAGAAUUUGACAAAACUCAUUGUCAAAAUUCGGCUUUGAAAUUAUGAAAAUUGAAAAAAAAAGGCGCUAGAAAACCACAUGGAUUUUUUUGAAAAACAUAUUAAAAAAUGUUAUAUUUGUUGUUAAAAUUUAAAUUCAACAAUUUGGCUGAAAAAAUACACGUGGCUAUUUUUUGUUGGAAAAUUUUGGUGUGAAAAAUUCAAAUUCAAAAUUUUUGAAAGCCACGUGGAAUUACUUUUAGGAUAGUUUUUGCUGAAGCCUUCUAGGCAAACCCCGAAUAGUUACAUUUCGUAAUUUUUUCUAGUUGUUUCCCAAAUCUAAUGUUUUUUUGCAGUCAUCGUGGAUACCGGAUGCAAUUUCACCAAUGCAACAAAAUUCGAGUCAAAUGUCAGAUUCGCCAAUCGAUGUUGUAAAUGAUAAUAAUUUGACACCCAAUGAUUUUUCACCUCCUUCUUCUUCUUCUUCAUUACGCGAAAUUAAAUCUCCAAUUAGACCAUCAAGUCGAAAAGAUGAGAGAAAUGGAAAAGGAGCUGAUAAUCAUAAUCAUGCCAGAAAUGAUCGGUUCGUUUUUUUUGAGAAUUUAAUUUUGAUCUGAAAUUUUCUUUUGAAACCCAAAAACACUUCGUUCCCAAUUUAUUUUUUUUUCAAAAUUUCAAAUAUUUGCAGAUCCCGCCGACCUUCUUCAACAACUCCAAAAAUUCCAACACCAAUCGCAAUUCGAACUUUACAAAAUUUGGUGACUCAACUGAAUGAAUUGAAUGAUUCGUGUUAA